AUACCAUACGGCCACCUCGCACAUGAACAAUCUACCAGCAUGUUAACCAUUUAGCGAAUUCAUAAAACUUAUUGAUAUCCCUCAAACUGCCAAAAACUUGCCACACUUGCUCAACCAGUAUAGAUAGCAUAAUGUCUCUCAAUCAGGGAAAGUACAAGCCUAGCAUUUGCGCCAUCGAUGAGGUUGACGAUCGCAGCCUCAAAAAUGAUGAUCUCCAAAAGCAGCAACUCGAGGGUAGCGAAACAGCGCCCUUGACCACCAACCAACAGAAAUUGCACAUUGAUACAAGUAGUCGUGCGGGGAAGGAUGUGGAAUCGCAAAUCGAUGAUAAUAUUGAGGGCAACGGAAAUAGCAAGGCGGAUGGUGGUGUGACCGGUGGCGCUAGUAAUGCAGCUGCCAAUGGCUUUCGUGCCUUCCUACUUUCAGGUCGCAUGCAAUUAGACGCAUUGAUGCAGUUGUCACGUAAACGUCGUAUACUCUACAUAACGACCGUUUGCUUUUGUGCCUUACUCUUAGUCAUAAUCGUCAUGAUGAUCGCAUUCUGGCCGGAGGUUCCAUUCUACUUUCGCGCCGAACUGUGUCUUGAGAAGGAGUGCGUGCAAACCAGUCAACAGUUGCUUUUAUGGGCCAAUAUUUCAAAAAAUCCCUGCCACGACACCUACGAGUGGGCGUGCGGUAAUUUUGCACGUGAAUAUGCGGAGAAUGAUUACUAUGUAAUAAAGCGUGGCGAAUGGAAUUACAAGACCUAUACUGAAUAUGAAGAGCUGAAUGAGCUGAACCGUUUCAUAUCGAUGUUGCCAUCAUCUGGCGCCUCAUACACAGUGGAGUCAAUGAUUUCGAGUUUGUAUCGUUCGUGUCGUGAAAUCGAUACACUGGAUAAAAGUCAGUCGGAUUUGCUGCUGCGGAAGGCGAUAAAAUCAGUGGAGGGUUGGCAAGCUUUUCGAGAUUCUAAUCGCCUCCAAAAUUGGGAAUACAAAAAGGCUCUGGUGCAUCUGCAGGCGAUCUAUGGAAUUUUUCCCUACUACAAAGUUAGCGUUGAAAAUCGGUUUAAUAAACCGCAUGAGUAUAUCAUCACAUUGGAUGAGGGCGAAAUCGGUUUACCUGAUCGUUAUUUCUACAGCAUUGAUCAAAACGACGAGAUCAUUCGUGGCUAUAAACUGUUGCUGCGUGAUUUUGCCAUUAACAUGGGCAUUGUGUCGCGCGAAGCAGAUCUCUUUGCUGAUGAAAUUUUUCAUUAUGAAAAACGCAUUGUUAGUCAUAUCGAUUCGGUAAAACAAUCCGAUGAGACUAAAUUGAAUGAAAUAAAAACUUUAGCUGAAAUGAAAACAAUAGCACCAUCUUUGCCAAUAAUGGAGUCACUUCAAGCGAUUUUUAGUCAUACAAAAAUUAGCGACGAAACUGAAAUUCUAGUCCGUGACGUUAACGUCUUCAGCGAACUGUCCACUGUGGUAUCUACUUCUGAUAAGAAACCAAUUAACAAUUUCAUAAUCUGGUCGUUGGCACGCCAUCUGCUGCCACAUUUGUCGCGGGAAUACCGAAAUUUGGUGGAGAACUUUGAUCACGCCAUCUACGGUCGCACAGCUACGUAUCCACGCUGGAUGAUUUGUUCACAAAUAGUACGCGAUUGGUUGCCAUUUGCUGUUGAUGCUCUGCAGCAGCAACAGAAUACAGAGCAAUCGAAGUCCAAACGAUAUGCCACCCAAGACUACAAGCAUGACGAGUCGAAUUCAGCCCAUUAUCCCAGCAAAUCAGAGGGGAACGAUGCAUUUUUACGGCUCAUGUACUACAGCUUACAGAAUCAGUUGAAAGAUUCAGUUAAUCAGGCUGACUGGAUUGAUAAACGUGUGAAGGGCUACAUUAGUGAUAAAUUGACCACAAUGCGCCUGCAGAUCGGCAUACCCGAGGAAGCGCUUACCGAAAGCUCUUACAUAAAGGAUUACUACAAUGAUUUGUUGUUGAAUAAUUUGUUUUUUGUUGAGCAUUUGGAGUCGAUUUGGAGUUUUCGCAAAGUACGGAUGGAAGCGAAAUUGAAACCUAUGAGUAUUGUGGAUACUAUUGUUUCCGAGAUGUACACGCGUGAAACUCCACAGGCAAUUAGCUAUUCGAAUAUUUUGAAUAUGCUGAUCAUAUCAAGAGGUAUCGCCGCAUCCGCAUACUAUGAUUAUAGAUAUCCAAUCCCCAUAAAUUUUGCACGCAUUGGCGCUGAUAUUUUGGAAGUUUUAAUUGAUUCAAUCUACACCUUUGUCGAGCAGUACAAAGCCGAGCAUACGAUAUUGACCAAUGAGAGCCUUGCAGCACGUUUUGAUUUACCCAAUGNAGCAUGGGAAUUUGUGCGCUACAUUUUUUAUUUGAAUCAAUUUUUCUUUUGAUUGCAGAUUCAAGGCGACUUGGCAGCACAUACAAUUCCUGCCGCGCUCCAUUAGCUGUGCCACGCCGGAAGCACGCUGUUCAAAUAUACUCUAAAUACAGAUAGGAAUUUUUAGUCGUUUUGUUUUUUAACUAUUUUUAUUGCCAAGACUAGAGACAGAUAUAGCAAAAACUACGCACAUUACAUUUACAUACAUACAUGCAUGCAUUUUAUUGUAGUUUUACAAUAUUUGUAAAAUAAUUUUAUUGUACUUGUAGUAUGUAUAUGUAUUUAUUAAUUAGGGCAUAUAGUUUAUAAUUUUUGUAUUUAAAAAUUUUUACGAGUGCUAGAUACUCGUAAUUUUUUACAAACUACUUUUAGCUAGAGUUCAGUUAGGUUUUAGGUGAACAUGAAUGACUUGCUUUCCAUUAGAUGUGUACACUGCUUUUAUUUGAGUUAGAUAUAGUCGAGAAAUACUAUUUAAGGUUAAAUUGAAACCGAAAAAAGACAAAUAUGAAUUUGUAAAAGAAGAAUGUGUAAAAUGUAUGAAACAAGAACUAUGUAGCUACGAUUUAUCAAAAAAAGUUAACAUA